AAUCUGACAGGCUGACGUAAAGCGAGACUCCAGUAACACCGAACGACACAUCUGUGCGUGUCACUGUGGACGCCACGAGGGAACGCUUGUGGAUUGUACCUGUAGCAAACAACAUUUCUUGUUUCAAUGUAUUUCUCUCAGGAAUAUAGUAAUGUGGAGACUCCUGUUGUGGAUUCUUUUGACAGCCAGGGUGCACCAGGCCAGUUCCCACAACUCCACAGACUCUCCUCUUAUGACCACAGAUUUGGACCCUUAUAACCGAAAUCGAUACUGCAAAUGGCCCUGUAAGUGCCCCAAGAGUGCCCCUGUUUGCCCACAUGGGGUUAGCCUGUUGACAGAUGGAUGUGACUGCUGCAAGGCCUGUGCCAAGCAGGUGGGAGAAACCUGUAACGAGAGAGAUACCUGUGACUAUCAUAAAGGACUUUACUGUGACUACAGCGCUGACAAGCCGAGGUACGAAAAAGGAGUGUGUGCAUAUGUUAUGGGAACGGGAUGUGAGCAUAACGGCGUGAUUUACCGUAAUGGCCAAAGUUUCCAGCCCAAUUGUAAGUACCGCUGUCUGUGUGUGAAUGGGGCGAUUGGAUGUGUGUCACUCUGCACCGAGUACCAGCCACCCCGGGUCUGGUGUCAGUCGCCCAAGCGAGUGAAAAUCCCAGGCCAAUGUUGUGAGAAAUGGUUCUGCGAAGAGUCCCGUAAACCACGCAAGACCAACCCCAGACACGCCCCUGAGGAGGACUCCCUCACAACUAAUGAUAUUUGGCAUAAAAAUUGCAUUACCCAGACUACCCCAUGGAGUCCCUGCUCAAAGACCUGUGGACGGGGCAUAUCAUUGCGCAUUUCUAAUGACAACGCUGGCUGUGUGAUGGAGAAAGAGACUCGACUGUGUAACCUCCGACCUUGUGAGGUCGACAUCACCAAGCACUUUAGACCAGGUAAAAAAUGCCUGAACAUCUACCGUGAGCCAGAGUUUCAGAACUUCACCAUUUCAGGCUGUAUCAGUAAGAAGGCGUAUUGGCCCAAGUACUGUGGAGUCUGUACUGAUGAGCGCUGCUGCAUCCCCUACAAGUCUAAGACCAUUGAGGUGGAGUUUGAGUGUCCAAAUGGAUCCGUUUUUACUUGGAAAUACAUGUGGAUCAACGCCUGCUUUUGCAACCUCUCCUGCAGGAAUCCAAACGAUAUCUUCGCAGAUCUGGAGCAAUACUAUGAGUUCAAUGAGAUCGUUAACUAACUAACCAAGAGCCAGAUGCAAUCUCUUUUUAUGACAUCCUUGCAUUCACAUUUGUAGUCCGUGAAAAACAUCCAUGCUUACAGUGUGACAGUCACAGGGAUGGAAUCAGCACAGAAAGGAAACGUUCACUGUUGAUGAGAAAUCAUAUCCUAUAGUUUAUCAUGAAAAUUAGCACAGUUACUCAUAUUGAGAUGGCUUGUGAGGGGAACAUAAGUUCAGACUGAAGGACAUUAUGGUACAAGAAGAUUUCUAAUGGAUUUAUGAGGGACAAAACUUGUUCAAUUUAAAGGUGCAAUGUGUAAAUUUUAGAAGGAUCUAUUGACAGAAAUGCAAUAUAUUAUACAUAACUAUGUUUUUGAGUGGUGUAUAAAGACCUUACAUAAUGAAACGUUAUGUUUUUUUAUUCCUGAAUGAGCCAUUUCUAUCUACAUACACUACGGGUUUCCUUACAUGUUAAGUUGCCAUUUUGCACCGGCAUGUUUCUAGCCCUGAAUGGAAAAACUGCUCUACAGCGCGCAUUUGCUUGACUGGCUGCUCUCUUCUGUCUCAGACAUUUUUGUCCUGUGUUGGCCACCGUACCUUCUCUAUAUUGCAUUUUGCAACCUCACCGCUAGAUGCAGCUAAAAUUUACAACACUGCACCUAUAAAAUGUUCUACAAAUCUGUGCAAAGUCAGAAAAAAAACACUUUUUUAUAUUUUAUAUAUAUAAAAAAAUAUUGCCUUAAACGAUAAAAGGAAUUCUCCUUAAAGGAAUACACAUCAUCAGUUUUUGAAAAUAUAUAUGUUAGUUAAAAUGGUGUUAAAAGACGUGUUUGUGUCAUAUUCUGAACAUAUUCAAGAGAAAUGAUAUUGAUCUCUUUUUUUAUUCAGACAUUUAUAUUGCCAAGUUGUUGCUGGUUUGUUAUAUUUAAUUCUGGAAAUAUGCCAGAAAUUUAUCUUUUUUUAAUAAAAAAAGACAUGCUUAUCUUUA